AUGGCCCCGAAGUCGCCGAAGAUAAUUCCGGAGGCGCUUCGCGAGAAAGAAGAGCUGGACUACCCCACACUGGGCAUGAAACUACCACACAACGCGCCCCUCAACAGCGUCUCAAUCGCGAACAUACCAUGCGACGAUACCGAAUGCUUCUGCCACCGCCGUCCCUCUCGACCGUAUCCCAAGCUCGAGGCUCUGGUGGCUGGUCCCGAGCCCGAGCAAUUCUGCGUGCUGCACCAGCCAACCGCCCAGCUGGACGUCGCGUUCGACAUCCUCGGCAACAGCAUGACCCUGAUCGAGUGCAUCAAGGAUCCCGAGCGGCCCAAGAUCGCAUACCACGUGGCUCUGAUCAUGAAGGCGGCGAACAUGCACUUCCUGAACCUCGAGGGGCUUGCGGACCACUCGCUGCUCCUGACCGUGAAGAUCCGUCGCGCGGCCUGUGCCGUGCGAGGAAACAAGAUGAUCCUGCGGGAGAAGUGCGAGGGAUUCUUCACGAACCCGCCGUACAGCCGUCUGUUCAACAAUCUGUUCGAGUGCAAUUGGCCCGAGAUGAUCGUGCAGGUCCGCAUGCCGGAGGAGCGCUGCCGACGCUGGAAGACCGUCGCGUUGAUCCUCAGGGCUUUCAAGCAGAUCUCCGCCGACUGCUACUGCCAUAUGGUCGAUGACUUGGUCACUGCUCCCCGGGUGGGUGGCUUGGACGUGCGACAGAUCAAGAAGCAGAUCAAGAGCCGUCUGGCACGGGGCGAGCCGCGGCGAGAGAAUCCCGUGUCGCGUCAGUUUACGGUCACUGCGGCUGACGAGGAGAAGAUCGAGAGGAUCAACCACGCGUACGAGGUCUAUCUGCUCGCUUUCAUCAACAGCUCGUCCCCGUUCACUCCGCGCCAGUACAUCGGGUGCCCGGAGCCUCUGUGAUGGGCCCACAGCAGGCGUCUACCAUGGGAGCAAAGUACAUGUGUGUCUCUGUUUCUCACAUCAGCAUGGUGUUUGGGAGUUAUUGGAAGGAGGGAAGGAAAGGAAAAAGAAAAGGGGUAUAUGAAACCAAACAUGGCGUUCGGGAGAUUUGUUUUUUUUUGUUGUUUAAUG